AGUCUCUAGCACUCACAGUUGGGUUGAGUGGGUUAAAACCUUUAUCUGCAAAGUCCAAAAUCUGCUCAAGGUCCAUUUUAACUCGCCGGAUAAUAUUUAUAGACUCCUGAUGCUUCCAAGGUCGUGUUACUCAACAACCAGACUUCUAAUUAAGCGGACUGACCUGCAAACGACCACACGCAUGGUCAUGGCCUCGGCAGUCUGCGCUCCCACGUUUUUAUCAUCACCCGUCUCUUCUAGAAAAUCAGCUAUUUACACCACAUCUUCAUCUCUAGCGUCACACUUUAAAGCCCCAAAACUUCAUCUCCCCAAAGCGGUUCCUCCGCUGGGCCCCAGUCUUUUCUCUCCAUGGAGUGGUUUGAAGCAUCUGGGUAUAAUCUCAAUCACGCCAAAGUCUCUCAAUUCAGAGAGGAAGCGGAGGGGUAAAGGUAUGGUGAUUUAUGCAUCUCUUUUUGGUGUUGGAGCUCCCGAGGCUCUGGUCAUUGGGGUGGUGGCUUUGUUGGUUUUUGGUCCCAAAGGUCUUGCCGAGGUUGCUCGGAACUUAGGGAAGACGUUGCGUGCAUUUCAACCCACCAUUAGAGAGCUUCAGGAAGUUUCAAAGGAAUUCAAGAGCACCCUUGAACGGGAGAUUGGCCUUGAUGACAUUUCAACGGAAAACACAUACAGCUCCAGUAAACCCAAUACAUCAAACCCAUCAUCUACAACCAGCACCAAGGGUUCUCAGACUCUAGUCGAUCCCAAUGGUGCUCCAUCCAGUAAUAGAGCAUACACCACGGAAGAGUACCUAAAGAUUACAGAAGAGCAACUAAAGGCAUCUGCUGUCCAACAGCAGGUGCAGACAUCUCCUUUAGGAGAAGGCGUAGGAGAAGGCGAGUUGGGAACUGAGACUCAGCCUCAAGCUAAUAUUCGAGAAGCUGCCACUACGUUGCCUCCAAAUACUGAAAGCGAGAAAUGAAUAUGCAUAUGAUGCGCCAAAUACUGCCGCAGCGCCCCCCCCCCCCCCCCCCCCCCCCCCCGGUCGACACACCAUAAAAAAAUUCAUUUUUCUUUGAAAUUGUUAACUGCGAGAGUUCAAAUGACAAAAGGCGUUUUGGUCCAUGACAGCAUGAUAGGGUCAUUUACGCAAGUUCGGCUAUAUCAUAUGUCGUUCCUAUUUACUAUGAAGGGAACUCCCGAAAAGUCCACAGUAAUCGUCAGGUUAAUUGAAUUUGAGCAUGCUAAUUAAUUGCUACUGAUGAAGCAUUUUGGACGUAAA